CCGGCCCCUUCCGGUUACAUAAUCUCAACAAGAUGGCGGCGCCCAGGGCGUCCCUGCACCUGGUGGCCCCCAAAUGGAAUUUGGGUACCAGCGGUAUCCGUGGUCUGAGCAGUGCAGUGACCCCAGAGGGCAAUCAGAGGAAGGGAAGGAUGCUGCUCCAAUUCCUGACUGACCGCUUCUAUGAUGUGGAGGCCAUAAGGCAGUACCUGUUCCAAAAGCAGGUGUCAAAGGUGCACAAGGAAAAUCGAUCCUCCACCGGCAUCAAGAAACAAUACGGCCCAUACAUCGCAGGAGCCUAUUUUGUCCUGAAGCAGGGAGGAGCAGUCAAAUUCCAGGGCGAAGAGUGGAUUCGGUCCAAGCAUGGCUACUCCCCUCUCCAGUUGUUGAGUUUCCAGGCGGUACCUAUAGAGGCGGUGGAUGCCAGUGACUGUGCCAUCAACUACGAAGGCCUGGACAACCUCUUGGCCCUGAAGGAGCUGCAAUCCCUGUUGCUGCAGCGCUGUCCCCAUGUGGAUGACUGGUGUCUCAGCCGCCUCCACCAGCUGGCCAAUUCAUUGCAGGAGCUCUCGCUGGCUGGUUGCCCCCGAAUCUCUGAAAGGGGCCUCGCCUGCCUCCAUCACCUCCAGAACCUCCGCAGGCUGGACAUCUCAGACCUCCCUGCUGUGUCCAACCCAGGCCUCACUCAGAUCUUGGUGGAGGAGAUGCUGCCCAGGUGUGAGGUCCUGGGGGCUGAGUGGGCCCAGGGCCUGAAGUCGGGGCCGGAACAGCAGUCUCAGGACACAGCCAGCCCCAUCCCUGCCUAGUCACAGCCCGCUCCCCAUCCAGGUGGAUCUCAGCCGACAGUUCUACUUCUGGCUCCCAGUUGGGCUCACUCACUGGGAGGGUUGGGGUGGGACGAGGGAUGUGGCACUGGCAGGUCAGGGGGAAGGAGAGCAUGUGGUCCCCCCCUCAUGGACUGGCUACACUCUGGACUGAAGGCCACAGCUCCUGUCAUCCUGUCAGGCAGCCCUUCCCACACACUUGUAGUUCUAGUAACUUCCUGCCUGGCCAGGCCUGGGGCAGGUAGGACUCUCAAGUAGCCCAGAGAGCUGCAUUCUCUCUUGUGGCCUCCUCUUUGCCCACUACUGUGUCGAGACUUCUCAAAUUAACCUCAUUUAGGUGUGCUGUUUCCCUACUGAUAUAGGGGGUGCUCCUGGCAUUCCAAAGGGAUGGUUGUUCCGGGUGGGUCUAGUCAGCUCACCGCAGGGUACAGCCCCCUUGCCCACACUCACUAAAUGCCAGUAGCAUCCCAAGUCCUAUGGUGUUCCGGCUUACUGACUGACUUAGCUGCAGAUUCAACUUUUUAUCUGCACUGUGACAACUGAUCUGGGCCUUUGAAAUAUUUUUCCUUUGCUAACUGGCAUAAGCCUUGUCAGUAGGAGGCGCUCGAGAGACUGCAGGAAGCAAGGCUUUUGUUUCCUGGUUCCUGUUCAGGUGUGCAGGCUCCUGCCUCGCUAGCUCUCUGGUGGCUUCUCCAUUGGGGCGGGGGGGGGGGGGGGGGGGGGGGGGGGGACACACGCAUGUGUGUCAGCAGCCUCCCCUGAAACCCCACCCUGCCCCACCUGGCAGUUUCCUAGAGGCAUACUUUCACUGGGCUACCUCCUGUGAAUGACUCCACCACACCCCAGAGGUGAUUUCCAGUAAAUUCCAAGGCACCUUACCAGUGAAUCCUGCGUCACUUCAAUUCGCUGUUGAAGUCAAUAAUUAUAUUAAACGUUCCCUGUUCAGAUUACUGGGGUUUUUUUCCCUCUCCUGAUUGGCUCCAAACUGGUACAGCACUGGUAUGCAGAGUGUUCCAGGAGACAGGCUCACGGAGAUGGGACUACAGUCCGUGGCACGCAGUCCCAGUCAGGCCGUCGCAGGUUUAUUGUGAGGAGGUGCAGCCGAAGCACGAGCCCCAGGAGCCCCUCUGGCUGCAACGCCUGACUGCGGUGGCAGUGAUGACUAUUCUAAAGAUAGGCCUUGGACAGAUUCUCUGCAGUGCCCUUGAGUGCCUACAGAUAGACAAGGACGAGCUCGGGUCUGCCACCUCAGCUCAAACCACUAUCUGCGGACUGGAGCACUUCUGUGACAGCCCCCUAGUCAGUUCUCGUAGCCACAGGGCUGAUAGAACUGAAAAUACGACACAGCAUUUAAGUCUGCAGGUUGAUGAUGGUUGAAUUCCAGUCUCUUCAUGUGAAAGUGAGGGUGCUGACUGGUCAACAGUGAGAUCUUGAAAUUUCGGAUGCGGUUGUCUCGCUGGACCAGAAGAAACACGAUCUUGAAACCCCACCUCACUCUGAGCCUCCUCCGCAGCAUCUGAGGAGGACACCAGUCUUCCUGUGCUUGAAACCCCCGGAUGUAAUGGGGAAGAAGCCCUGAGAGUGUCCCUUCUCAAGAGUCAUCACAAGCACCCUGCCGUCACUACACCCAUAAA